AUGCAGUUCACGCACAAGACCGGGAUACUCCAGGUUAACUACAGCGAUCGGCUGGUGACGCUUCUGCGAGACGUUCGACAGCUGCAGGGGCUUGGCUACAACAUCCCGUCAAAAAUUCAAACCUGCUUCGAACUUGGUCAAAAGUUUUACAAGCAAGCGAUUACCCUUAAACAAGUAAUGCCUGUUGCUCAUUUACGCCAUCAGCGUACGUUCUUAUUUGCUUUGUCACACAGUGAAUUUCUUUGGUUGAUCUGCUUAAAAUUUAAACCGUUCAACCUACAAGUCUGUCGCAUAUGUUCAGCAACAGUUCGCUACAGGUCCCUAUGUCUCAUACAUAAUAUCUAG